UUAAAAACUUGAAAUAUAAUCAGGUUAUAAUUAAUAAAUAUGCUUCUCCAACCUAAUCAAGCACCCUUUGCUUAUAAAGACACGCAGACAGACCUCCUAAAGCUUAUCAUGCUGAUUACUAAGUUCUCCAAUAUUGCAUUCGUGAUUCUGGAUAUUGCGCUCCUGCUAAUUAAUGCCAAGACUUUCCAAGCGUUGCUGACGAUAUUUAUUGCACAUUCGAUCGUUUUAAUUCCAAGCACAUUGUACCAUGUCGUGCCUAGUGCGAGAUAUAAUCUUUGGUUCAGAAGGUUCGCAUAUGCAGUAGGAAUCUUUGGACUUAUUGCUGUAACUAUUAAUUAUGCAUUGAUCGUGACAUCAGAAGGUAGCAAGGCUCUGGUAUAUCUCUUUUUCCUAAUAAUCCUCACAUUCCCCGGAGCCCUUAUCUCAGGAAGCUUAACAUUUUUGCUAUAUUUUGAAAAAUUUGAGAAGAAGAAAACAUUGAUGCUGGUGCCCGUAGAAUACAUGAGACCACACCAACCAAUGAUUUAACUAACCUUUUAUCUCUUUAAUAAUUAUCCAGAAAAUU